UCCUUAUCUAUAUCGAAUUGACUGAUUAGUAUACAGUGAACGCUCUCUUUACAUGCUGUCCGUUUACCGAUUGUGCAUGGCUGCAAAUGAUGUCUGCAGAUAAAAGUAGCCAGAAAGUCGUAGGAUCACAGCUAGCUGGGGCUAUGGUUGGCGGAGAGUCUGCUCCAGAAAAGAGGCGCGGUUAGCGAUACGCUGAGGAUAAAGACAUGGAUUUUACAACAAUGGUAUUGUUCAAAAUGUAUGUCCACAUUGCCAAAGUUGUAAUAUUUAAGUCCUUGCGCAUUCCAUAAUGCUGCUGAGCCAAAGUCGUCUCCUCACAGCAUCGCAAGCCACCCCCGAAUACAACUUUCCUUAUUAUCUUUUGCUUCUACCUUCAAUCAAUUCAUCGACUGUUUCGAUCUCCAAGCCGAUAAAAUGAGCGGAAUGUUAGCGCAUGCAAUCAAUACGACGGCUACCACUCUUGUCCGUAUCAACGAAGUCAAAAUUACACAAUUUGGCACGGAAGCAAGGAUUUUGGGCGUCAACGGCCUCAGCGCAUGCUCAGUCGUUGCCAUUGUCUCCCCAUAUGCAGCCAUCGUUGCUCAUAUUGGCCCCAACAUACUUGGCUCAAACGACCCACGCUCAUUCAUACAACUUGCGGAACACAAGAUGCGAGAGGCAAAACAACUAUACAGAGACAACAAUCAUCUUUUCCCUUCUUCGUCCACUUAUAUUGUGUGCGCAAUGCUUAAUGGUGUCGUGCUCACUGCACCAGAACACAUACGGAUUAUGCAUUCAAGCAUCAAGCAAUUGAAUCUCUCAAGUGCUCAAGUCUACUACGAACAACCUUCAGAAGACGCGGUGAAUAGAGGAACUUCUUCCGGAACCGUUAUGGUUGAUGGGCGUGGAACAACCCCCAAGGUGUAUGUUGAAGACAGAGACGUGACAUCCUUGCCGCAAAGAUCUCCGGUCUGGCAAUAUUUAACACAGCAGGGUGUUGCUCAAUACUACCUGAUGCUGGGUUCAUCCGUCCUCGUAACACAGAGCAUGCCUCCUAUCAAUGAAUAUAUUUGGAUGGCAGAAGGACAGAGAUGGACUAAGUGGAACGGGAGCUCAUGGACGUAAUUGGUCAGUGAAAGGUUCCCAUCCUGCUAGUACCCUAGGAAGAACUCCAUAGCUCUCA